UGUCCACCCACUUUGAAUAAUUCAGUUGAAGCAUCAUGAUCUGUGGAGGAUGAAGGAGUCAGUGUUUCUGGCUUUGCUGUUCACCUGUCUGAACCUUACAGUUUUACUUGCAGCUCAGACACAGCUGAUUGGUUCACAUCAACCAAUCGUAGCUCUGGUCGGUGAUGAUGUUGUUCUUCCAUGUCACCUUGAAUCUGCAAUCAGCGUCACUUAUGAGACAGUGGUGUGGACCAAAGCAGGUUUGGAACUGAAGUACAUCUACUAUCACCAAGAUGGACGACUGCUGUUUGAGAAACAAGAUCCAUCUUAUUCUUUACGAACAAGACUGUUUAUGGAUGAACUGCCGCGUGGAAACAUCUCCAUGAAAAUAUUUAAAGUGAAACUGUCUGAUGCUGGAACCUACAAAUGUUCUCUCCCUACGAUAAAGAAGGAAGCUGAGGUGAAACUAAUUGUUGGACAGUCUGAUGUGAUUGGCUCAGACCAACCAGUUAAAGUACUCGUCAGUGAUGACAUCAUCCUGCCGUGUCACCUGGAGCCUCCACUGGAUGUAACAACACUAUCAGUGGAGUGGAGACGUGGUCCAGUCCUGGUCCACGUCUAUAGAAACAGGGGGGAUGAUCCAGUUUCUCAGGACCAGAACUUCAAAGGUAGAACUUCUCUCUUCCCAGAUGAGAUGACCAGAGGAAACAUUUCUCUAAAACUGACCAACGUCACUGAGCAGGACGCAGGAAAUUACACCUGCUCUGUUCCCAAACUGCAAAGAAGCUCCGUUACACUUGUUGUUGAGCCACCACCUGCCCUUGGUUUUCACUCCACUUUUAUAAUUAUCAUUGCUGUGAUUGUACUUGUUGCUGCUGUUAUUGGCGCAUUUCUGAAGAACAGAAAGAUCAAAUAAACAGUUUCUUCGGAAGACCAGGCAGUCCUCUAAACAUUGUCUUGUGAGUGAUGAAGAGAAACAGUUCCUGAGUGUCAAGUCAAAGCUUCAUGGUGAAGAGAAGAAGAUCCUCCAACAACAGAACAUCAACAUCAGGUGUAUCCACAGCAGCCCUGACAUUUACAAUAUUAGUCUGUCUGCUGGCCUCUGGCACCACGACCAGUCUGCUGCAGCCUCAACCAACAGCAGUCCAACAUCUGGCAACUUCCUCCAGAACAAGGAUCCAAACGGAGCCAGGCUGAAGCAUCGACAUUUCACACCCUGCACACUGAACCUGGAGAGCUCAGUAGCUGAGUAAAUAUUAGAAGUAUAAAAAUACAAAAGUCACUUUCUGUCUUUUCAGCUCUGCACACUUUACUGCCUUCAUAGACACUUUGAUUGGUGAGUGGUGACAAUAAGAAGCACUUAAAAUGCUCAAUAUUUCUGGGUGGCAUACUCUGAAUUUAUGCUUUAAUUUCUUAGAUCAACAUGAAUGUCUUUACUGUUCAGUUUCUAUAUUUAUUCAUUUUUAUUUUGUGCCACUUAAGAAAAUGGUGUUUUUGCUCCAUUUCAUUUUUAAAAAAAAACACAACACAGAUAUAUAUUCAAGUUAUAAUGUUAUACAUUUAUACAAGUUUCCAAGUAAAUGUUGGAAAAACAAAGCAUCUUAUUUUAAACCAGCAGACCCAGUCUGAGCUGUCACACAGAUGACAGACUGAGUUUCUUUGGUUUUAUAUGUAAGAGAGCCGGUCAGAGACGGUUUUGAUCAGGAAACUGAAGCGGUUUAGAGUCAGUGUUGACCUCUUUAGUUUAUGUUCAACAAAACCACACAAGUUUCCAAUCACACUGCACAACACGAGCUGAUCGAAUGAAGCUAAACCUGUGAAAGUGAACAGUCCUGCUUGGUUCUCACAUUACUCUUUUUUUUUUACUGAUUUCAUGCCAAGUAAUAUUUUCAGCUAAAAUUGUUCUUAUUUUAAGUGGUGAGAACUGUUGUUCUGUCACAAUGUUUUGUGUUUGUUCCCACUUCUGAUCAUGUCGCUUCAGAAAUGUAUUAUUAUUUAGUAUUAUUUAAUUACAGACAGCCAAGUAGUUUCUGAGAAAGAAAGUGAGGUUUCUGGGUAACAAAUGUAAAUACCAUUUUUCUUUAUUCUAUCAUGAGACUGUGCAAUCAACGUUUACCUCAUAAUGACAUCUGACCUCUGAACCAGCUGUGUGCUACAUAAGGAAGAUGUUAUUUCACCAUCAAACUGAUGAUCCACGGUGCUGCGAUUCAACAAGGUUAUACUGAAGCUCUCAAAGAGCUUCCCGGAGUCAACACACAUCAAUGUUGUCCUCUGAUUGUAAAGUUAUGUUGACUUGAACACUUGUGUUGAAAGGUUUGUCUGUUGUUAUGCUUCUUUAAACGCAGCAGCUGUGAAUGCAGAACAAAG